AUGUUUUUCUUCUUUAUUGGUGUUUCAGCACUGACUUUGGACUGCCAAGAGUCUCUAUGCCCUCCUAACAAUGUAACUUUUAUUCAGAUUGGCAAUGGACAAUGCGAUAUUUACUGCAUGACUCCAGCUUGCAACUAUGACUCAUAUGAAAGCAUCUAUAUAGACCCCUAAGGCUUUUUGUCUCUAUUAGAGCUUAUUGGGCUAAGAAAAUGAGCUUGUCGCUCGUCAAGUCUAUGCUGACAAGCCAGAUGGGUUUCCCUAACCAGAAAAGCGUAGUUUUGCCAAGUAUAUGCUGACUUUUAAUAUUGAAUUGGCAAAUCAAGGCUCAUUUUUUGAGCUAAAACCUUUCUAGGACUAUAAUUCAACACGCGAACUUAUGGCAUCAAGCGACUGUCUAGAAGCUUGUCUUAAAGAAUCAACUGGAUGCUUAUUCUCCAUGCUGCAUGACGGUACCUGCAACCAAGGUAUUUCAUAAAUAGCCUGCAACACAGCUUCAUGUGGCUGAGAUCUAGGAGAUUGCGGAGUUUGUGCCUCAGGCUGCACAUCUACUAUAUUAGGAGAUAAAACUUGUGACUCUGCCUGUGACAACAUAUACUGCAGAUAUGAUCUAAAUGACUGUGGAUGAUGUGCGGAUGGCUGUUAUAAAGAAAUGCUUGAUAAUAAAGAAUGUAAUGAUAAAUGCUUCAAUUCUCAAUGUGAAUAUGACGGAACUGACUGUGGGUGUGCUUCAGGAUGCAAAGUGGAAAAUUAUGGAAAAUGCAAUGAUUAUUGUAUGGUGCCUGAGUGUGGGUAUGACUCUCUUGAGCAAAAGACGUGUAGUGAUAAUUAUAAAAGAACUUAUAAUGAAUACUCACAGCUGACUAAGGAAGAUUUUACCUCAAUUUUUGAUAUCAGUACUUCUGGCUGUGACGAAACGACUCUCAAACAGGGAGUUGAUGGGCAAUGCUCAACACAAUGCCAAGACAAAUAUAGCGCAUAUCAAAUGGGAGGAUGCUUUGAAUCAUUUAAAUGUGAUGCAAACUGUGAUCGAUGUGCAAAUGAAAACGAUUGCUUAAAAUGCAAAAGUGGAUAUAUAAAUUACUAUACUAAGUGCGUAACUACCUGCCCAGCUUGUUAUGAAACGAAUUCUGCAUAUCCGACCGUCUGCAUUCGUAAUUUUUAUAUAGCAAUAACUGAUAAAAGCAGCUAUUCCAGCCCGACCCUUAUAUAUAUAGCUUCAGUCCCAUUUUUGCUCGUUUGGAAGCAAUUCUUUGCCUAUUAAAUAGGCCACGAAAUUCCAAUUUUCUGACAAGUGCAGUUUAAAAUUUCAAAUGCAAAUAUGCCUCAUAUUUGUCAAUUUUUAAUUUGUUCUUUUAAAUAAAAAUGGCAUUUUCGUGAUCCAUUCAAUAUAGGCAUCGGUAUUACUGCUAAAAAAUCUAUAAGAGGUCUUAAGCUAUAUUGACUCAAGCUCAACAAAAUCAAACCCUGAUGGCUCAGCAGAAAAUCCAUAUAGGGAUUUAUCAACUGUCUUUUAUAAAACCUCAUUGUGUGAGAGAAACAUUGAAAUAAGGCUAAAGCCAGGGAUUUACCCAAUUACCAAUAUUUGGGAAACCUCUUAUUCCUCAAACACGACAAUUAAAUUUUUAACAGACUGCGAUCCCUGCACAGAAUUCGCUACUUUAAAGCUCCAAAUGCAGAAUUUUACGUUUCCAAUUGAACACGUUCUCAGUCUGUAUUUUAUAAACGUAAUAAUAGAUGGGCAGCAAGCUCUUGAUUCUUCUUGCAAUACUGAUAGUUGUGAGUAUUGCCCAUAUUCUGCAUCUUCAGACGGCAAUGGUGGCUACACAAACUGAUGCUCAUGGUCUUCUGCUAACCUUAUUGAUAUCGGAAAUACUGCUAAUUUAUACAUGAUUAACACGACAAUACAGCACAUGAGAAUCGGCUGCAAAAGUAAAUACCAUAAAAAAGCAUAAAUUAAGCUAUUUUUAUAGUAAAAAAUCACAUUAAUUUAACCAUAUUUUUUAAUAACCCCUGCAAAAGCUUAAUAAAUUCAACCGGAGGAAAAAUCCGGCUUUACAACGUAAAUUUCCAAAAUUUGAAAGUUAUGGACUCCACAUCGGUAAACCAGUAUUCUAUCAUAAAAAUUGUGUGUGAUUCUACUAAAUGAUGCUUUGACACGUUUUAUUAUAUACAUGGGUCAGUUUCUUUGCUUAAUAAUGGCUAUAACUAUUACACAAAUAUUCAACAGUCUAGCUUCUUAUAUGCUAAAUACUCAGGAAAUAUAAAAAUCUCUUAUGUUUCUUUUACCAAUAAUUUGGUUCUCUGUGGAAGUGCAGUCACCUCUCAGUUUUGUGGGCCAUUAAUAUACAUUUAUAACUGUGAACAGCAAGUAUCUAUCCAAUAUAACACUUUUGACACAAAUUAUGCAUAUGCAGCUCUUGUGUAUUUGCAAUACGAAGAAGAUUGGAGCUUGAAUUAUGACUAUGUAAUUGAUGGAGCCUUGCCUAGCUUCUCAUAUAUUAUUUUCACAAACAAUAUAUUUACAUACUCAGGGUCAGAUACUUCAAUAAUCAAAAUAAGCAUGAACUCAGUCCCGAUUAAUAUGGAAUUCUCAGGCAAUACUUUUGAAAAUUCCAUUGCGAAUACCAAAUUAAUCGAUAUUACGAAUAGUCAGGAUAUCCCAAAUUAUAGUAUAUAUGGCGGGACGACAGAGAUUGCAAAUGGAGCAGAUAAAAUAAAAGUCAAUGUAAAAGCAAAUUACGUGACUUUUAAAAAUUUAGAAGUUACUGAUUGUUAUUCGCCUCAGCUUGUAUAUCUAAAUAAGCAUCCCAGUAUAAACAUGACGAGUAUUUAUUUGGACUGAAAUAAUGGACUAACUAAAAAUGAUAUUGAUAGUUUAAUUAUUUCUAGAUUUGUAAGCAAAGGAUACUUGCCAAAGAAAUUUGGGAUUUUUAGCAGCAUUUCUUCAUCAGAUGGUAUUUAUGCAAUGAAUUUAUACUAUUUUAACGUUUCAACGGUCUCAAUUGAAGAUAUUUCCCUGACUCCUCCCCUACGUGAGUGAACAAGGGGGGUUAAUUUUUUUUUUUUAAAUUAUUUAUAAAAUUUUAUAGAAAACAAUUUUUUUUUUCGAAAAUUAAAAAAAUCCUAAUUCGCAAAAAUUGGAAAGCAAAUAUUAAUUUAAUUUGUAAAAUUUAUGUUUUUUAAAAACGCGAUUUGUUUAAAAUUAAACAGAAUUAGCUCGAGAUUUCAUUAUAAUAAUUAUCACUUGUAUAUCAAAUUUAUUUUCCAUAAAAAAUUUUUGUCCACUCACGGAGGAUUGGUUUUGGCAAAAAUAGGAAUUUUUCUAAUAGUUUUGUUUACUCACGGAGGGGGGGAGUGAGCAAUUUAGCACAUUUUGUAUAUGCUAAGGCCCAAUAUUUUAUAAAUAUCACAAAUGCUACGGCAAAUAAUAUAAAAUUUACUAAUGACCAAGAAUCUUUUAUUGCAUUAUUUGGAGACCCAUCUGUUACAAACUGCUCUAUAAGCCAAGCUACGUUUAAAAAUGUAACAAAUUCUGUUGGUCUUGGCGGAAUUGAGGGAAAUGGAUUUUUAAAUGCGACACUUAAUUAUAUAGAAAUGACUGAUGUUUCUGCAAAAACUGAGGGAGGAGGAGUUUAUGCAGAAAACAUAGUAAUAUUCACAAUAAGCAAUAGCAAUUUUGAUAGUGUAAAAACUGAAAAAUACGGAGGAGGGAUUUAUUCUGCUUAUUCAACUAGUCCUUUAAGCUACAUUUCUAUAGUAAAUUGCACAUUUAUUGAUGGAUCAGCUACGUUAGGAGGAGCUGCCUAUAUUACAGCGGAAAAUUUUGUAAUUAUUUAUAUUUAUGGUUCUCAAUUUACAAAAAAUUAUGCUGCUAAUGGAGGAAGCGUGAUUUAUAUCCCAAUGAACACAAAGAUUAGCAAAGCUGAGAUAAAUAAAUGUGAAUUUCAAGAAAAUUCUGGGUAUUCUGGGACAGUCAGUUUAUAUCACUCAGGACUAGUAUCUAUUAAGGACUCUGUUUUUCAAAAAAAUACUGCGAGCCCAGGGCCUUCUGCGAUAUAUGGGUUUUUUGAAACGUCUGGAGAUUUAAUUGCUUUGGAAAAUGUUGAAUUUUUAUCUGAGACAGGGGACGAAACUAUUAUGAUCUGAUUAAUUUUACAUAAAUAUUUUAUGGGAAAUAUAUAUAAAAUAAAAAAAUUAUGGCUAGCUUACUUAUAAUAGCAUUUAAUUAGCCUCAAAAAGCUUAUAAACUUAUUAUCCACAAUAUCUGGUGCUACUAUAACAACCACAAAUUGCACUUUUUCUGAAAACCAUAAUAUUGCCCUACAAAUGACAUAUUUCACCUGAACUGAUACUCACAGCAAAUUUAUUUCUAACUGAAGAAGUGUCUUUGCCCAAGGCCAAUCUGAGCUUUACCUUACAGAUACCUAUUUUAGUCAAAAUAACGGGUAUGCUGACAGUGAAGGUAUAUACACACAUUCUAUAGUCGAUAUAUUAUGAAGUACCAUCAACUGUACAGGAUGCACAUUUUAUAAAAAUACAGAAAGAUCUCUAUCAGUCGCCAGCUCAUCAGUCGCAAAUCUUACAUAUUGCAAUUUCACAGAAAAUCAUACGAAUACUAAAGGUUCAGCUCUUGUUUUUAAUUCAAAUACUGAUGAUAGCGCUAUUAACAAUACUUAUUUUGGUUUUAAUUCUGCUUCACAAGGAGGAACUAUUUAUAUAAUUGAGACUACGAUGUUACCGCCUUAGUCGGCAACACUGCUCGGAGGCGCAUAUUGGUGAUCGAGGCUGACUGGCCCCAGACGGUCGGCGGGUCCUGUGCGGCGAAGAAGCAGCGGGAAGCUCUGGGUCGGGGCAACCCCGUAAAUGGCGUUAAACACAGUUAAUAAUUAAGUGAGACUACGAUGUUAAUGCUAAACAUUACAAUGAUAAGUAAUACCGCAGAAAGCAAUUCUCCUGGGAUUAUUGUAAGUGGUGGUGAUAUUGCUGUCAUAAACUCAACACUUAGUAGCCAAACAGCAGCAUACCAAGGCGCUUUUAUUGAUAUUACUACAGGAGGCAAUGCAGUCCUCAGCAAGUGUAUAUUGACAGAUGGGAUCUCUACUGGUGGUGGUACUAUUACAAACUCUGGAAGCAGCCUUUCCAUUUAUUCAACUAAAUUCAUCUAUAACAACAUCGAAGAUUCUGCUAGCGGAAUAUACGGAAGCAACAAUUGUGUAGUCAAUGUUGAUGGCAGCUCUUUUAUCUAUAAUAAGGCUGGGUCAUAUUCUAGCGUUUUUGCUAUUUAUUUACAAAAUUCUUAUUUACGUGUCUUAAUCUUAAUCUUAGUUAAUAAGUGUUUAAGGUGUCUAGUGCACCCUCCCUAAUAAAUAGGGACUUAACCCAACUAGUGACGUCACGGGCCAUCCUGUCACUUAAAAUGGCGCACCAUAUGGGCAGGCAUUCCUACUUUGCCACCACCAGCCAAGCCGCACAUCUCACCCGGCGCGAUGCCGUCGCCCUUGCCUUACUUAGCUCCUGCGCGUGUUCCGCCUGAGGGUCACCCUCCUCGGGUGUGCUAAGUGGAAAAAUCCCCGUCGCUUGAGUGCACUGAGGAGCAGUUCCUCUGGUUAUCCCCAAAGUUAAACUGCUAUUGCUGUGCAGAAGUUCUCGAGAUAAAAAACCAAACCCCAUAAAUAAAAUUCCAUGAGGGAGAGAAAAUUAGCAAAGCUAAUUUCUCUCGAACCGAAUGCCAUUUUAUUUAUCCUUAUUUACGUGUCAGCAACACUUUAUUUUACUCAUAUGUAUAUGGGGCUAUAUACUGCUCAUCUAUGCUAAAAAUUUCUAUUAAAAGUGCUACUUUUCAGAAUGGUUCAGGUGGCUCUAAUGGCUUUUAUAGUCAAGACUCAUCAGCUAUCUCAAUUACUGACUCUUCAUUUUUAAAUUUAACCACCACAUCUAAUGGAGCUGCCAUUUAUCUAGCAAAUUCUGAAAAUGCGACUAUAGAAAAAUGCAUUUUUAGCUCAAACUCUGCGAUUUCUGGGGGAGCAAUUUAUUUAAAAAAUGCCAGUCCGUCAAUUAACUAUUCAAAUUUUACUAACUUCCCUUCUUCCGUGAGUGAACAAAACCAUUAGAAAAAUCGCUAUUUUUUGCCCAAAAACCCACCCUUCGUGAGUGAACAAAAUUUUUUUUAAUAGAAAAAAUUUUUUUAUGGAAAAAAAUUUUGAUAUAUAAGUGAAAAUUAUUAUUACGAAAUCUAUAGCUAAUUCUGUUUAAUUUUUAACAAAUUGCGUUUUAAAACAUAAAUUUUAUAAAUUAAAUUGAUAUUUCUUUCCAAUUAGGAUGUUUUUAAAAUCUUGAAAAAAAAAAUUUUCUAUAAAAUUUAUAUAUAAAUUUUAAAAAAAAUUAACCCCCCUUCGUAAGUGAACCAAGAUUUCUUUGUUCACUCACGGAGGAGGGAGUAAAAAUAAAGCGAUUGACUCAGGAGGGUCAAUAUAUAUACUAAAAUUCCUGGGGAUAGCGCGGAAUACGCUAUCCCCAGGACCAACCGGGAUCGGAUCCACACAUGGAACGGGGGUUCCAUGUGUGGAUCCAUUUUUGACAUGUGAGAUAUUUACUUUCACGUGUCAAAAAUGGAUCCACACAUGGAACCCUCGUUCCAUGUGGGAUCCGAUCCCGGUUGGUCCUGGGGAUAGCGUAUUCCGCGCUAUCCCCAGGAAUUUUCUAUAUUUAUUGUGAAGGAGGAUAUUCAAGCCCAUGUGGAGCAAGCAUUUAUAAAAGUAAUUUUACAGAUAAUAGUGCCAGUAAUUCUGGAGGGGCUAUUUAUUGGACUGGGAACCAGCCAACUGAUACAGACAAUAUAUUUACAAACAAUCUUGCAUCCUAUGGGAAUAACUGGGCUGCAUACCCUAUAAAGCUAGCUUUGGUUACUUCAGAUGGCGAAAUUUCAAGCGGAUCACGUGUUCUUACAGAUUUCAGUAGUGUGGCAAGUGGCCAGCAGUUCAGUGAUCCCAUCUAUAUCGGCUUAAUUGAUGCUUAUAAUCAAAUUUCUUCAAUUGGCUUUGACACCUACUCAAUUGCUAUAAAAUCCACAGUUAAUAUAACUGUGUCAGGAACUACUGACAGCACCCCUACCAAAGGAAUUACUACAUUUCGUUAUAUUUAUAUUACAGCUACCCCAGGAACUUCUACAACUUUGAGGUUUACUGCCCCCUCAAUAGGUAGCAGCACAGGCUAUACCUCAGAAUCCACCUCAACAGAAAGCAGUUUAGGGAUUUCUAUCACUAUGAGGGAAUGUGUAAAAGGGGAAUACUAUACUGACAAUAAGUGCGAUUAUUGCCAAGCAGGGACAUAUAGUUAUAAUAUAAAUGACCAAUGUGAAAAUUGUCCAAAUGACGCAGUCUGCUAUGGUGGAUAUUUAGUAGCCCCUGAUGAUGGUCAUUGGCAUGGAAGCAAUGACUCUGCUACUAUAUAUGAGUGCUUAAAUACAGGUGCUUGCCUUGGUGGGGUUAAAACAACCACCAAAGAUUAUGAUCUUGUAGGGAGGUGUGCUACUGGGUAUAAAGGGAAUUUAUGUCAGGCAUGUGAUGAUGGAUAUUCUUCAUCAGGGACUAACACAUGUGGGAAAUGUCCUGAUGAUCUUUCGAACGCUAUGAAACUGAUUGGAAUUGGGAUUAUAAUCAUAAUAGUUCUGGUUAUUAUGGUAAGAUCUUCCUUGAGAAGCGCAUAUAUAGAAAAAUCAAUUGUUUCGAUUUAUAUCAAAAUUCUUAUUAACUAUAUACAGCUUAUAUCACUAGUGUCUCAGCUAGAUCUUAGCUGGCCAUUCCCAGUGAGUGAGCUAAUAAAUGCUCAAUCUAAAACAGGCGAAGUCUCUACUCAAAUGUUCUCAUUUGAUUGUUUUUUAAUUGACAAGUCUGAUAAAAACUCAUAUAAAGAAAUUUACUUUACCAAGCUUAUCAUCAUUGCAUUAAUCCCAGCAGUCCUUGGAAUUAUUUUGACACUAUUUUGGCUGUUUGUCGCAUUUAUCAGAAAUAAUAAGAGGGUAAUGAAAGAGCAAUAUAUUGCAUCCUGCUGUAUCCUAUUUUUCCUGAUUCAUCCCUCACUUACAAACUAUUUAUUUUCAAUCUUUAACUGCAAGAAUUUAUAUGGCGACUCAUAUUUGGUUAAAAAUUUAGAUAUUAAAUGCUGGGAUGAAACUCAUGCACUUUAUACCCUAUGUGUAGCACUUCCUGGAAUUGUUGUUUGGUCUGUAGGAGUUCCUUAUAUAAUUUUGCUAUAUUUGAUAAAAAAGAGAAAAAAACUUCACAUGCUUGCUCACAAGUUAAGGCUUGGGUUUUUGUAUAAUGGAUAUCGAGAUGAAGCUUAUUAUUGGGAAUUUGUGAUUUUAGCAAGGAAAUUAAGCAUCAUCUGUCUUACUGUAUUUCUUAACUCUGUUUCUAUCAAAAUUCAAGCUUUAGGGUGCUUUUCUGUUAUAUUGGUAUUUCUCUACUGGCAGUUUAAAAAUAAUCCUUUCUCUUUUAUUGAUUUAAAUGAGUCCGGGUGAGACGUGCGGCCCUGGGGUUACCGCUGGGUUGUCCGAUAGUUCGCCGUUUUGGCUUCACCAGUGAUGCCACCAGUUGGCUUAGUCACUAUUUAUUAGAGAGCGGGCACUAGACACCUUAAACACUAAAUAAUUAAGUAAGAUUUAAAUGAGUCAGAGCUUAGAGGAGUCCUUGUAUCUGCAUUAACUAUUUAUUGUGGGCUGUUUUAUUUAACUGGUGAUCUAGACACCGGAGGAAAAUGGUUUUUCUUUUUGGUCAUUGUGCUCUCAAAUUGCUAUUUUCUUUACUUUUGGUUCCGCAAAAUGAUGUAUGAAAGCGCCACAAUGGCUGUGAAAUUUGUCCCAGAUCUACAAGAAGUCGUUACAAAAGGCAAUUUUAAUAAUUAUAAAGAAACGGUUAAAAGGUGGAAAGCAAAUAUUGUGGAAGAAAUGAGAGAUGAUAAAGAAGUGACUUGUGACUCGGAUUUAAAGGUGGAAAAUAUGGAAGACUUGUAUUUAUUGUCAAUGGAAAAAAGUGAAUGCCUUCCAAUUGUUUCAUAUGAUUCAAGCGAAUCUAGUUCAUAUGAAAUUUACUCAUUUGUGAGGCAGUCGAAGUCUCUUGAGAUAUCAAAUAAUAGCGUAGAAGUAAAUGUGGACACUUCGGAUGAUUUAAAGCCAAAUGCACCAUAUGACUAUGGAAAUAGUAGUCAAACAAGCUAA